AUGAAGCUUCCUCUCGGAACUCCACAAGAGCAUGAAACUAACAAAGUUUGCAAGCUCCAUAAGGCCAUAUAUGGAUUGAAGCAAUCUCCCCGAGCCUGGUACUCGAAGUUAAGUUCAGUCCUUGAAGCUACAGGAUUCACAACGAGCCAUGCCGAUUCCUCGUUAUUUGUUCGCACUGGUAUAAGUGGCAACCUAGUUGUUCUUAUAUAUGUUGAUGAUCUUAUUAUAACAAGUGAUAACAUAGAAGAAAUCAAUGCCCUCAAAUCCUCUCUUCAUCAACAAUUUGCCAUUAAGGAUUUGGGAAUUUUAAAGUACUUUCUUGGCAUUAAAAUGGCUACUUCCUCCAAGGGUUUGUUCUUCAAUCAAAUGAGGUAUGUUCUUGAUCUAUUGGAUGAAGUUGGCAUGUUGAAUUGCAAGCCCGCUUCUACUCCUCUAGUGAGUAGACUUCAAGUAGAUGCACCCAGUGAACCACUACCAAACCUUAGGGUUUAUCAACGUGUGGUAGGAAAACUAAUCGACCUCACUAUCACCAGACCUGAUAUUGCUUAUUCUGUAAGUUUUGUCAGUCAAUUUAUUCACUCUCCCUCGAUGAUUCACUGGGAGAGUGUCAAAAGGAUACUUAGAUACUUGAAGGGAUCCAUUGGCAGAGGCUUACUCAUGCAAAAACAUGGUUCAAAUCAUAUCAUGGCAUACACUGAUGCUGACUGGACGGGUAAUGCCCUCGAUCGCAAGUCUACCACUGGUUUCUGUACUUUUGUUGGUGGCAAUCUUAUGACAUGGAAGAGUAAAAAACAAACCGUGGCUGCAAGAUCAAGUGCUAAGGCUGAAUACAGAGCCAUGGCAGCCACGACUUGUGAUUAA